AUGGCUUCCAGCUUCAAGAAGUCAAACGUGGCCUCCACCAGCCAGAAAAGAAAGGUGGAGCCUAAGCCCGAGCUCACUGAAGAUCAGAAGCAAGAAAUUCGCGAAGCGUUUGCCCUCUUCGAUGCCGACGGCAGCGGCACCAUCGACGUGAAGGAGCUGAAGGUGGCCUUGAGGGCGCUGGGCUUUGAACCCAGGAAGGAGGAGAUGAAGAGGAUAAUCGCCGAGGUGGACAAGGAAAGCACAGGGAAAGUCAGCUUCAAUGACUUCUUGGCUGUGAUGACUCAGAAGAUGGCCGAGAAAGACACCAAGGAAGAAAUCCUGAAGGCUUUCAGGCUCUUUGAUGAUGAUGAAACCGGGAAGAUCUCUUUCAAAAACCUAAAGCGCGUGGCCACCGAGUUGGGGGAAAACCUCACUGAUGAGGAGCUGCAGGAAAUGAUUGACGAAGCAGAUCGGGAUGGAGACGGUGAAGUGAACGAGGAAGAGUUUCUUCGGAUCAUGAAAAAGACCAGCCUCUACUGA